AAUUCUCUAUCUUUUUUUUUAAAAAAAAAAACUUGAUUUUACCCUCUACUUAUACUUGAGUAAGAGGAAAAUUCAGAGUUUAUUUGCUUAGGCCUUGUUGGGCUACCCUUCCAUUUUUUCUUUCUAAAAAGAAGAACAAGAGAAGAAGAUCAAGAAGAAAAAAGAUCGAUAGGGUUUUGUUUUUUAAUUUGGUUUUUUUUUUUUUUUGUUAGGAAGGGGAAGGUAAAUUAGAGAUGAAUAGAGGGGUUUUGCAAAGCUCAGUUAUGCAACAAAUGAUGGGUUCAGAAAACCCUAAUUGGUGGAAUAUGAUGAAUAUUAGUGGAAGUAUGAGAAGCUCAACAAUCACACAACACUCUUCUCCUAAUCAUACUAAUAAUUCUUCUUCUUCUUCUAAUAUUCUUUUCCCUCACUCUUCACUUCCUUUUCCUUCUAAUUGUUACUAUGAUGCUCAAGAUCAUCACCUAAUUCCAGAAUCUUGGAGCCAACUCCUCUUGGGUGGAUUGGUUGGUGAAGAUGAUCAAAAGGGGUGUAUGGGAAUGUUCCAAUCCAAAAAGUUAGAGGAUUGGGAAGAAGAGAUUUUGAAUAGCAAUAACAAUAACACUCAACACCAACAACAAGUUGAUGUCAAGAAAGAACACUCACCUCAUGCAAGUAGCUAUGUCUAUGGACAUGGUGGAGGUGGCAGUGGCGGUGGCGGUGUCGGUGGUGGUGUCGGUGGUGACGAUUAUCAAUUAGUGGCUUCAAAACAAAAUUGGUCGCCUAUGAUACAAUCUUCUUCUCCUCAAUCAUGUGUGACAAGUUUUAGUAGUAAUAUGUUGGAUUUUUCGAAUAAUAACAAUAACAACAAAUCUCUUGCUGAUCAUUCUCGUCCUAGAAAUCCUCCUCAAGUACUAGAUCGCUCCUCUGAGUGCAAUAGCAAUGUAAAUGGUGGGGCAGUGAAGAAGGCAAGAGUUCAAUCCUCUUCAAACCAAACAACUUUCAAGGUAAGAAAGGAAAAAUUGGGUGACAGAAUUACAGCUCUCCACCAGCUAGUUUCCCCAUUUGGAAAGACUGACACAGCUUCAGUUUUGUUAGAAGCUAUUGGGUACAUCAGAUUCCUUCAGAGUCAAAUUGAGGCCCUGAGCUUACCCUACUUGGGCAAUACUUCGGGAAGUACGAGGCAACAUCAACACCAGCAACAUUCUCUUCAAGGAGAAAGAAACUGUGUUUUUCCUGAGGACCCUGGCCAGCUCUUGAACGAGAAUUGCUUGAAGAGGAAAGGAGUCUCUGAGCAGGAGGAGGAGGGAAAGAAGGAUUUGAGGAGUAGAGGGUUAUGUUUGGUUCCAGUAUCCUGCACUCUACAAGUUGGGAGUGACAAUGGAGCAGAUUAUUGGGCUCCGGCAUUCGGUGGCGGUGGUGGUGGCGGUGUUUUCCGGUAGACAAUGGGAAGGAUUUGAAAGGGCAAGUUACAGCAUAACCCUUGAAGAGUACUAAAAAGGAAUUGGAGAGAGCUACAUUAUGAAACUGAUAUAACAUCAUGAGCAGUCAAUCUGCUUAAGAAAAACCAAAGGCUGAUUGCUCAUGAUGCUAUGCAAAUUAAACCAUACUCCAACCAUGCAAAAACAAAAAAAAAAAGAAGUGGUUAUAUAUAUAGAUAAUAUUAUACAAAGAGUGCUGUAGCUAAUGCUUUUAAAAAAAAUCUAAUCUUUUCUUUUAAGUAAUUCGUGGUUUAUUUUAAUCUUAAUUAGUUAUUUAUAACUAAAAUGAUAAUAACUAUAUUAUCAUUAUUGAUGUUUUAAUUUUUUUUUUUAAUUUGGCUUUUCUCUCUCUCACAAACACUCUAGUUCUUCCCCCAAUGCAUUUGUAUGUAAAUGUAGUGUUUGGGGAAUGUGAGAGAUUUGCUAUCAUAUUAUUCUUAAUUAACAUAUAUUAUAUUGUAGUUUGAAAUUUGGGUUGUAAUUUUUAGUUGAGCUUUUAACAUCAAUAUCCUUUUCUCUUUA